GCUCCCGCCCCACCAUGGAGGCCUGGGUGCGCUUUAGCGCCCAGAGCCAGGCCCGGGAGCGUCUCCUCAGGGCCGCGCAGUACGCCUGUGCCUUGGCUGGGGCCGCGCUGAGCCGCUCCGGGAACGGCUCCGAGGGCAGCUCCGGGACCCUGAGCCGCCUCCAGCACCUGGAGGCUCAUCUGAGCCUGGGCCGCAAGCUGCUGCGCUUGGGGGGCUCGGCCGAGGCCCUGGGAGUGGCCCAGCGCUCGCUGCAUCUACCCGACCCUGUCCUGCGCUUCUGCCUCACCCUGUCCCACCUGAACCGUGCCCUCUUCCUGGCCUGUGAUAACGUCUUGUGGGCCGGGAAAACCGGGAUUCUGCCUGGCCUUGCCACGGACAAGUGGAGCCAGAGGUCCUUCAGGUAUUACCUGUUUGCUCUGGUGGUGAACCUGAGCCGGGAUGCCUACGAGAUCCGGGUGCUGCUGGAGCACGCAGAGGCAGCCAGGAAGCGUGGGAAGAGCCCGGAAAACAGGCCCCAGCUCCAGGCUGAUGGUAGGAUCCAGCGUCUCUGGCUCCACCUGCAGCUCCAGCUGCAGCUCCUUCUCCAGGUGCUCCGGGACAACCCCCCACUACUGCUGGACCUGCUGCGGAAUGCCUGUGACCUGGUGAUCCCGCUGGAAAAGCUGGGGCUGUGCCGGAGCAGCCCAGGCAUCGUGGGAUUCUGUGGCCUCGCCUCCUCCGUGCUCUCCAUCCUCACCAUCCUCCAUCCCUGGCUCAAACUGAAGCCGUAGUUAUCCCAGGGGCUUCCUUGGGAUGUUUGGGAAUCCUGGGGGCUUAUCCCAGGGGCUGUGACACCUGGAGCUGACUAGCUCAUUCCAUUCCCAUCAUUCCUGACUCCUUGGAGCCACAAGGUUCCAGCAUUGGAUGCAGCAUUGGAUCCCACAGGGACAUCAGCUCCCAAAAUGUGUUUCUCCCCACUGACUUUUCCAGCAAUUUUGGAGGUUCAACAUUCCCCCUUUCUGUCUGGGAAGCGCCUUUGACAUGGAGCCAACUAAUGGGGAAUCUUUGGGGCUGGAAAAUGUGGAUUGCUGGGGGCUUCUCAUGGUUUUUGGUGGGGUGAAGCCAUGGGUUUGGGAUGAAUCUGAUGCCAGAUAGCGUAUCCAACCCCAAAUUGUUUGGGCAAUUUUCCUGCCUUAUAAGAAAGCUGAGUGCAGGGAGAAGGGAAUGGGAAGAAUGGGUGUCAGGGAUAAAUCCAUGGCUUUUGGGGGGAAAUUCAGGCAGGAAUUUGCUCUCCUGAACCUUCCGUGAAAGCCCAGGGGAAGGAAGUGACUGAAGUGAGUUGCGUCAAGCUGGGGGGGAUCGCUCCCAGCAUUCCCAUAGGGAUUUCCCUCCACUGGAGAAUACUGAGGGGACUUGGCAUGCUGAGUGCUUCCCAGGAGAUCCACCUCCCUUCUGCCCAGAGCUGCACAGAUCCACCCUGGCUGCACUUCCCUUCCCAGCUAUCCUGUUCGGUGGUGUUUUUUGGGAAAAAUCAGAAUGUGGCUGGCUCUCUGUUGGGAUUCCCUGCACCCGGUAUUCGUGGUGCUGCUCCCUCACUGAAUUCCCUUUUUCCCUGGAUUCUGAACCCUGGAUUGCGUGUGGCCCCAACCGAGUUCUGAUGCC